AUGUCUGCUUCACCUUCUAGUUCGCACGCCACCCAGACCGGCCGCCCUUCGCUAUGGAAUGAAUCUUUUGAGCGCAAGCUGGCCAGGCUCUACGUCUACACAACGUUGCCUCUCACGAAGAUAGUCGAAGUCGUCCACAAAUCAACUCUGGGGAACAAGGACUGCCCAGGAAAGGAUUCAGCCAACAAGAAGCUUAACUCGAUUCUCGACAAAGAGCCGAGAUGGCUUCAUCCCCGAACACGAACCGAUAUGGAACGCCGUAUAAGCGCCCUCGACAGCUCUCCCACGCGCCAGACCACGCCGGAGAACGCAUUCCCGCCUCGCUACCCUAGGUCCAUGUCGUCCGACUCUAGGUCGCGCUUGAGCGUAAAUCCCGACUUCAAACACGAAAGUGGAAACAGCCCAACCGUGCAUGACAUUCAACCCUUUGAACACUCCCGCUCCUCGUCCGCCGGUUGGGGCCCACCUGCGGCCGGGCCGCUUCCGACUCUGGUAACCACCGACUUUGCGUCCGUGCCGCCGGCCGAGAUCGGGAUUCGUCGCCAAACCACGACAAUGACCCUGCAGGAGGUUCUGUCAGAGUAUUCGACUGGCUUCAUUCGUCAAGUCGACAAGUUGUUGAAGCGGUACACAAUGCCGAGCAACACAAUGUCGAAUCAGUCACCCAUGGACGAAGACCGCCCGGGCACCGCCGACUCUAACCCGGCAUCGUGGAUUUUCGAGUAUAACGCGCCGCAAGGGAACUCGGAGGUUGGAGUUAGACCGCUUCCCGGAGACUUCCUAAACUUGCACCACCAUAUAACCAGCCGGGGCUUUUGCGACGAUGGGUUACCCGAACACGACUCGCGAUCCUGCUUCUGCCACGUCAAGAACGAGCUCACGGACGAAUCUUGGGUGACCGAGACCGGCCCAUCGCCGUACGCCCAGUACGUCCUCCAUUAUGGAGCGCCUCCGGACGGGAGAUUGGAUACCCGCGAUGCCUUUGGCAACACUAUCCUUCACCUCCUCGCGGCCGGCGACGCCAACCAUGAUCUCCUCUUCAGAGCCAUUGAUUUAUCGUCAAACCCGUCGGCGACAAACAGCGCUGGCCAGACCUUCCUGCACGUUCUCAACGAUACCUGGUUCUCGCACAAGGCCGAGUCUCUCUUCCAACUCAUCAAAUUCCUACAGCGCUCCGACUUUUUGUAUGCGCGCGAUGUCUAUGGCCGCAACUUCUGCCACAUUCUACACUCCAAGGGGCCGAGCAUCCUGGACCAGGACACCAAGAACACUCUUCUCAAACAGUUCGACGCCAUGGAGUACUGCCGCCGCGACGCCUUUGGCAACAUCCCCGAGUCUGCACCAAUUGGACUGCCUGUCCGCCGGGCUUACACCGCCGCUGUCGGCCAGGAGAUGACACCGGCUUGGGACUCUCAUACCUUGCGUCAGGUCUCAUCGCCAAUUGAACAACAAGCCGAGCUCCUGAGGCUGGUCAACGAAGCACACAGAAACACCAGAGUCCAAGACACCCAAGGCCGAAACGGCUUGCACUGUCUGGCCGACGCUAUCCUCAGCCAGGACUCCCUGGCCAAAAGGUUUCCGCAGCAUUUCACUACGGCCGGCGCCGAGGAACAACAGCCGACGGCUUCCAGUCGCAAGCGCAAGCACAACAAACCCGUCCUUGGCAAAUCGCUAUCCGACUCGUCCAAGGACCGGCUCACGGUCCGGGAGAGAAUCGUCAGGGACCUCAUCGAACUCGGCGUAGACCCGAACCACUACGACAAGUACGGCAACACGGUGCUCAUGGCCUUUGUCGCACAGCUCCCCGAAGACGACGACUACAAGAAGCCCGUCCAGAUCCUGGAGCUCCUCAUCGAGGCCGGUGCCGACGUCAACGCCCGCAACAGAAACGGCGAGACCGCGCUGCACAUCGCUGUUCGGAGGGGGAGGAAGCUCGCCAUGCGCACGCUGGUGCAACACGGAGCGAAUGCCCAGGCGCGCGACGUGGAGGGCAGGAGCAUACUUGAGGUCGCCGACCUAAUGGUAUCGUCGUCCAAGCAAAGCAUCCAAUACUCUCACUACGAGGCUUGCCAUGCUUGGUUGUCGGGGCAGGCAAAGGCUGCGCCGUCUCCGACGAUACAUCAAGAAUGGGAGCGAAGAGAGUCGUGA